AUGAUUUUAAUCUUGGCCAGAGUUCGCUCACUGACCUCACUGGAAUUCUUGAAGGUCCUCCAAAAUCAGUUGUCAGUUGUUGUGCCUGGAAACAUUGAUGCUGUGCAAAAACUGACACGUGCAAUGCAAGAUCGUCAUGCAACAUACUGUGAGAUUGAGGCUGGUGGAACCCUAGGCAUUAUUUUCACCUGCAUAUACGAGUAUAACAUAUUGCACGUGAACAAGGUUUGUUCGCGUUUAAUCCUCUAUCAUUUGACAGAAUCUCAAAAAGAUGCUCGUGUCGUGCUCAAUUGGUACAUACAAAUACUCAAGAAGUACAAUCGCGGUGUUUCAAAAGAUGUAUACGAAUAUAAGAUUGUAACAGGUGACAAAUGGAUAUAUGCGUAA